GAGCUGAAACCCUUAAAUGGUAAAAGCAGGAAAAUUCUUUCUGGUCAUGGACGCAGGCCCAGGCCGGCCAGCUUUUAACAUAUGCCUCUCUCUCUCUCUCUCUCUCUCUCUGUUCUGUCCUCAUCUAUCUUCUUCUUCUGUUACCUGUAAAGGUGAACCGAAAGGGAAGAAGCAGAAGAAGCAUCUUCUCCUUCUGUUGGCGUCGCCGUCGCUUUCUCACCUGAUUCCGAUCUCUGAUAAUUGCUAGUCCCUUGCUCUACUCCCCGUGCGGCAGCUCUGGAGUUGGGGUCCCGUGGCUGCUUCGGUUCCCGAUAUGGAGGCGAUCAAGAAGCAAGCCACCAAGCUCAGGGAGCAGGUCGCUAAGCAGCAGCAGGCAGUACUUAAACAGUUGGGACACUUUAGUGGUGAAGCUUUUAUGGUGGAUGAAGCUGAGCUGCAAUGUUACCGCCAGCUUCAAAGUCUGUACGAGUCUACCCGAGCGGCAAAGCAUCUUCAAAGGAAUAUCGUCCGCAAUGUCGAAGCUUUCAUAUCAUUAACCUCAAAGCAAAUGGAAAUAGUAAGAAAGCUAGCCGACAAUUGCUGCAAAUACGGGGUUGAGAAUCAAAAUACCGGUUCCGCUCUUGCAAAAGCCGCGCUCCAGUUUGGCAGCUCACAUAAUUCUAUGGAAGAUGAGAGGGAAAUCCUGCUUGGGAUCCUCCAUGAUCAGGUUUCAGAGCCACUAAAGACAAUGAUAAAUGGAGCUCCUUUGGAGGAUGCUCGUCAUUUGACUCGGCGUUAUGACAAACUCCGGCAGGAGGUGGAAGCACAGGCGGCUGAAGUUAUGAGGCGGCAAUCAAAAUCCAGGGAUUCUGCUCUCUCUUCAGAAAGUGCUAUGAAGCUUAAAAACGCCGAAGGUAGACUAGCUGAGCUUAAAUCAGCUAUGAUGGCACUUGGUAGAGAGGCGACAGAUGCCAUGUUGUCUGUUGAAGAUCAACAGCAGAAAAUAACUUUCCAGCAUAUUUUUAAAAUGGUGGACGCCGAAAGGUCUUAUCAUCAAAGCAUUCUUGGCAUUCUAGAGAAGCUAUAUACUGAGAUGAUGCUGGAGAAGCAACUAAGUGAACCUUCUUCACCAACUUCCAUGACAACACAGACGGAUGCGGAUGCUCGCUCAGUACCAGGCGAUUCAAAAUUCGGUGACUCUGAUUAUCAUGAGGAAAGUGAUCAGCAUGACACAUACUACAUCGCGCAAGUUAUUCAUCCAUUUGAUGCUCAAGCAGAUGGGGAGCUAAGUCUCUCCGUCGGCGAUUACGUAAUUGUUUGCCAGGUGGCCCCAACUGGAUGGUCGGAAGGCGAAUGCAAUGGAAAAGCUGGGUGGUUUCCUUCUGCUUAUAUUGAACGUCAGCAGAAAGCACCAGCGAGCAAGGUACUCGAGAACCCCUCACUCUCCGAUCACAGUGAUGCUUUGUGAAUAUCAAAAGGAAUUGCCCGAGUCCUUUAUCCUAAAACGUUGUCAGAUAUUUAGUGUAAAAACUUUUGCUCCACUCUCCCUCGGAUAUGUAUGUAUCUUUUGCUUCCAAUUUUUGGUGCAAUAAAUGUGUUCGUGUAAUCUCUAAAGAAUAAACAAAAAUAAACAUCUGAUUUGUCAGAUUCAAUAGUAAAUCACCCAAUGUGCAGUA